GCCUAGCACUAGCUCUCUAAACCUCUAGACUCUAGUAAACUUACUAAACUAUUAAUAAAUUUAAAAAAAAAAAAUUAUCGAUCGCCAUCGACGCCGUGUUGCUUGGGCCACACGACUCCUAACUGUAACUAAAAUGUUGACUUCAGUACAAAGUGGCAAAGCAGAAGUUCUUCCUAUAAAUUACCCUUUUGGAAAUACCCGAAGUCGAAAUGUGCUGCAAGACUUUAAUUGUGAAGCAGGUGGUUUUAACCCAUGCGAUUAUUCCUUGAAGGUUCUCUUUCUGGGUAGUGGUGACCUGAGAAACGCUCUUCAGGUUGCAAAAAACGAAAGUUUCAAUCACAUGCAAAUCCAUUUAAAUGACCGAAAUCCAUUAGUGGUAGCUCGUAACAUCACUAUUUUGAAAAUAAUAUCAGCACCGGAUUUCAAUCCAGAAGAUGAUGAAGACAUAGCUUUCCUUUGGGAUGUUUGGUAUAAUCUUGAAUGGCCAGAAGUCACCCGGAAGAGAUUUCAAGGAGUGUUGAAGGACCUGUUGAAUGAUGUGUUCCCUGAAAAUGUCUCAGUCCCCAAAACUAGUCAGUCUGAAAUGUUAAAGGAAGUGUGGAGUUCUUGGCUUUCUGUUUCGUCAAAAACUGAAUCUGAAGCUAGAGUUUUAAUGGAAAAAGUAGGCUCUGAAAGGAAACUAAGGGUUAUUCAACAAUGGGGAAACAAGAAUAAAGGAGAAAUGGAAAACGCGUCAAACGUUGAUAUCUUUUCAACGAUCAUUGAUGAAUUAGCUUCUUAUUUGGAAAGAAGUAUUGGGCUUGAAGGGUUGAACGAUUCGGCGAGGCAGAACAUCCGUGAAGAAGCUAAGCGCUAUUUUGAAAAAGGUAGCUGUCGACUUGAAAACGAUACCAAGAUCGUUUGUCUUAAUCCAACAAUGGUUGACCACGUAAUGCUUUUUUGGACAAUCCAUUAUUCCCUGUGCCCAUUUGACGGAUACUUGCCGUUCCUGAAAGAAGAGCUGGUCACUUCAAUGAAGAACGAGAUGAUGAUACGUUCCUGCCAGAAAAUUCUCAAAAACCUGUUGUCUUGCUAUCGAAAACGCCUCAUCGACGGAAAAACCUUUGAAUUCUUAUUUUAUUUGGAGGAUGCCAUAGAGUUCUGCUAUUCUGAAAACGUCAACAAGUUCGACGUAAUUGACUGCUCAGAUUUUGCCGAUCAAGCUGGAUUAGUGAAUUUGAUCCUCGCAUGUAGUGGAAAGCUGUCCGAUCAUCCAUCGGCAAUGUUGUUCACCGAAACUUUUAGGUGGUUCCCAUUUGGAAAGGGAUCUGUGAAGUUUUACCUCGAGAAAGUCCUCUGUUGCCCGUUGAGCAUGAUACCAACUAUAUAUGGAUUGCGUCUCAAAAGCUGCAUUGAACUUGGAUUUCCUGAAUAUGUUGACUUGCGACGUCCAAUGUCGCCCCCUGUUAACCUUUGCUGGCAAAAAGCACUUCCUUUUCUAAACGUUGUCAUGUCAGCCUCUCCUGCACUGAGCGAGUUCCUGAAUAAGCUAGCGAACGUUUGCUUUGAUGCAAAGUUUCCUUUACGAAUAACAUCCGAUUGUGGCAUGUUGCUGUACACCCCACAAACCUUCAGCUACGUAGUGAACUCGAUGAUUCAACGGCUUGGAGGAGACCAUUGGCUGAAGAAUGAUGUCAGGCCGGCGGAGAUGCACAACAAUUUUCAAUUGGCUAGACGAACACUUGAUGCGUGGAAAGAGGGCCAGAAGAUUCUUAAGUUAUCCGCAAAGAUUCCUUCUUCGUCUUUUAACAAAUUCUUGCAUCGUGCUGUUGUAUCAGGAGUUCCAACGCUUCGAUUGAUACUCCUGCCGAAAGCGAAGCAUGGGAACAGUUACGACUUUUCUGGACCAGGUGUGCAUUUCAUCGACAACUUUCAAGUGAAAAUGAAAAUAUCCUCAACCGAAUGGAAAGACGUAUCAAUUUAUUUUCUCCUGAUUGCUAAUCACGGGCUCGAAAAAACUCAUCGUGCUAUCAUCGUAGAUAUACACCAUGGAUCAGAAGUUGUCGUCUUUGAGUCGUUUGAAUCCGUGCAGGUCGAGGACUGGAGUUUUCCUUAUCCGUUUGUUCCUUCAAAAAUCCAACCAGAGAUUCCUGCUCCUGGAGAAUUUCACAUGAAGGUCGACAGUUGCGUCGAGUCCGAAGAUCAGUUCGAUCUGAAAGUAAAUCUUAUUUCAUCCGUAAAUGGCUGUGGCUUGAAUAUAGAACCAAAUUAUCAGGUGCCUUGUGAAUCCAGUCACGAAAUUACUGUGGAACUGAUCCAGAUUGAAAAUUUCAAGCCGUUGUCGCUGUCAUUUCCGUAUCCGAUCCUUGCCGAAGAGAUCCGCAUUACCCUUGAUCGCAGCUGCCACCAUCUUUAUUUAGUGCUAAAGAAAACAUUAUGGGAACCAUGGCCGUGUGAGUACCGACCUGCUGACAAUUUGCACAGCGUCUUAGAUCCAGAUCAACUAAAACCUUGGAAAGAAGAAGAAUCAUUUCAACCGUCCUUGAAAAAUCACUUUAGAAACCAGUUCAACAUUAAUGAUCUGAAGAAUACUCAUCAAUUGGGAAAAUCUCCUUUGGCUAUUGUUCCUUGCGUUAUGCAAUUUCUGUUUAUGGAUCCUUCUAGUUUUGUCACCAUUCAACGGAUGAAUGCACCAACACCCGAAUGGUUCUUUCGAGUCCAUCGUCCUGUUUCAAUAACUCCGACGGGCAGACCAGUCCUUUUGCUUUCGGCUUUUGAUUUCCGAUUGGCAGAAAAACUUGUUAAAGUCGGCAUAUGGAACGAGAAAAAGCAUGACGAGAGUUUUAAGCGAGUUAACCCUAGCAACGAGAAUGUAAUGAUUAUUUCGAUUCAAACGACUGAAGAUUCGCAGCUUUUGAGAUUCAUCCUGCGGCUUAAGAGACUCAAGAUCACACCCAGCACUUGGCAGAAAAAAAACCUUACGCUGGGAAAGGACAGUCCGUGGAUGGCUACAUUCGUCUCACCACUUUACAACGACAACCCACACAUGGAUGUUGAAUCUUUUGAUUCUUCAAGCAGAUCCAUGAAUGACAACAACUGUUGCGCCGCUUGCAAGAAAGUUUCCGAAAGUCUAAAACGCUGCAGCCGUUGCCGAAGCUCUGUUUAUUGCUGCGAGGAAUGCCAACGUGAGCACUGGGCUCAGCAUAAAGUUGGAUGCAAGAAAAUUUAAUUGGAUUCAAUGGAUGGACUGUUCAACAUUUAUCUUUUCGUUAGGCUUUCGCUUAUAUAGCCUGUUUAGUUUGUUUUCCCCUUAAAACUAAGAGCUGUUUUUCAUGCUUAUAAGUAAUUUUUUUUUGUUUGUGUUCAAAUACAGAGAAGUAAAGCAGUUAAA